UGCGAGGCCGAGGCGCGUUGCCUUGUUUUUCCCCACACUUUUUCUUUUUUUAAAGACCUGAAUUGGAAAGCGAAUGGGCUCCUCCGCUGAUGCCCGAUCCCAGCCACACCAAAACCCUGGCUUUCUCCACUGAUUUCUACGGGCAGCUCCCACUUCCGCCCUGGGAGAUUUUUUUUUUUAAGUCUAACUGAUCCGGAAGUGAACCCUUGCGAGUCAGUCUAGUCUUUAAGUCUGUGGAUGCGCACGCUCCCUCUCCCCUGCCAAUUACCCAGCUGGCUUUACGGCGGAACUACAUCUCCCAGCGUGCCCCUGUGUGACGAAGAUUAGACACCAAGAGCUGGGGAUUUCCCCAGCGCUCAGAAAUUCCCCGUCCAUGGCCGCGAUCGCGGGGGAAGCCGCUUGAGCUUCAGCCGCGGCGGGGGGCCGGGAUUGGGGAGGCUCUGCUCGGGCUCCCGAUGGGCCUGUGGGAUCCCCUGGGGCUGUAGUGGUGUCGGGCCUGCCAAAGCCAUGGCCUCCUUGCAGGGCCAGGUUGCCCCGAGUGGGCCUAGAGAGCCCAAGCGAGUGGAAGCUGCGAGUGGAGGCGAUGACUGGUGCGACAGUGGCCUGGGCUCCCUCAGUGAGGCCCAGCUGGGCCAGAUCCAGGAGGAUGGAGGCCUGGUUGCCCUGGGCGACAUGGAGAUGGGACCCGGCGGUGGGAACGCCGUGACCUCUGACCCCCCGGGCCCGAGUGGCCCCCUGAAGGCCCUGCCGGAGGAGGACGGGGCCGAGCGGCUGGACUCUGCCCUCGGAGACUCGCUGGUGUGCGACGAGGACGUGAGCGGCAUCGUGGCAGGUGUGGGGGCUGUGCGCCUGGAGAGCGAGCCGGUGGCGGUGGCCCCCGAGGCAUGGCUGCACCAUGUGCUGGGCUUCGUGACCGAGGACGGCGACACAGCUCUCCACUUGGCUGUCAUCCACGAACACGAGGCCUUUCUGGAUUCGAUCCUGCAAUACACCCAAGGGACAGAUUACCUGGAUAUUCAGAAUGACCUUGGACAGACGGCGCUCCACAUUGCAGUCAUCCUUGGUGCGUCUGAUUUUGUCGGCAAGCUGGUGUUGGCAGGAGCCGGACUCUGCGUGCAGGAGAAGGGCGGCCACACGGCGCUGCACUUGGCGGCACGGGAAGGGCGGCGGGAAUGCGCCCAGCAGCUCCUGGCUCCCCCUGUGGCGCAAAGAGUCUGCGAGGGGAACGGCUUCCGGGCCCAGCUGGACUGCACCAAUUACGAUGGUUACACAUCCCUGCAUGUUGCCAUCUUGAGGAAAGACUUGGACAUGGUGAAUCUCUUAAUCUCUGCAGGAGCCGAUCUCAACAAACCGGAGCUGAGCUGCGGCCGGAGUCCCCUUCACCUGGCAGUGGAGUCGCAGAACCCUGAGGUGGUGGAGCACCUGCUGCAAGCCGGAGCUGACCCGGAGGCCCGCAUGUAUGUCGGCUACACACCCAUGUACAGCGCUGUGCACCGGCCUGACCAAAAAAUCCCACAGCUGUUACGGGAAUAUGGCUCUCAGGAGCCUGACUGGGACUCGGAGGAGAGCCUGGACAGCAACAGCGAGGAGGAGUAUGAUGACAUCAUCCUCAACUGCGGGCAUUAGGAGGUCAAACGAGAGCCCAACUUGGCAGGGUGGGACAACAUGCUUAGGCCACUAAACAUGCCCCACCCACAGCUGGCCAUGAUGUCCGUAGCAACUGCAUUUUCACUGUGAGCUAAAUUCAACUUAUUUAUAGGGGCUGGAGGGAAACUGCGUGACCCAGUAGAGAGCAGUUCCCCUGGCCCUUUUCCCAACUUGCCCUCCCUUGUUUUGUUUUUUCCUGUUUGUUUCCUAAGUUUUAAAUUUCUGGGGUUUUUAUGUUUGAAAAAUUAAAGGCCUGGAUUUGGGGGGGACUUGCUGUGGCUGUGUCUGAAUUCCCAGUAAAUCUGUCUCCCCUCCUCUUCCAAUUCCUGCCUGAUUGAGAAACUGGUAGAUAGAAGUGAAGAUGUCCCUCAUGGUCACUGGAAGUCCUGAGUAACUGUUGAGGUAAUGGAAGUGGGGGUGUCUCAACCUUGGCUCCCCUGCUCUUGUUGGAGUAUGACUCCCACCAUGAUGAGAGAACCCAAGGUUGAGAAUCCCUGAACGGAUUAAUUCCUUCUCUCUUUCUCUGAGGUUUUGAGACUUGCCAGAAACCUUGCCUUUAGGGCUGCUCUCCUGCCUUUGAAGCAGGGGUUGGAAACCAGUGGGCCCAAAAGCAUGAGGGUACAAAGGAGACGGAGGCUGCAUCUGCCCUCCUCCUCAGUAUCUGAUGGAAUAAGAACUGAUUUCGGCAAGAGGUUGACCUUGGUCUGUGAAAAGAGUCCUUCUGAGCAUGCAAAGGGUGUGUUUCCUUUCAGCACCAAGCAACUACAGCCCAGGCCACUUCCAGGUCAGAGGGAGAAACCCAGCAACCCUCUCUUCCUAGAGGUUCAUCACUGUUGCGCCUUGAGCAGUACUUGGUGGAUACCAGGUGCUUUGAAGUAUUGCUUCCUCCUUUUGGGUCCACAGUCUCGGCCUACGCCCUGCUAUAGAAUCUCGGGUCGGGUUGUUGUUGUUUUUAGCCACUAUCCCUUCCAACCACACUGCAUUUCCCAGGGGAUGGCUGCCCACUUCUGAGAAUGUGGAGGACUCCCUUUUAGUUCCCCUCCAGAAGGGAGCAAGUGGUAGGGUUUCCAUAUCUGAGCCAGAGGCAAGGCUUCAGUUUUCCACCAGAGCUCCUGAAGGACAAUCAGGAGGGGGGCGUUCGCUUUUCCUCUCAAGGCCUGUUGCCCCUGCCCCUGAGCUCUUAAAGAGAACUGAAGUGGAGUCGCAGAUGAAAGAUGGCGACCGUGGCAGGGAGCUUUUCUUCCUGUUGCUAGGCAACAGCAAAAGGCUGCUUUCUGGCCCAGGGAUUCUCAGUGUUGAGUCCACAGAUGUUAUUGGACUUCAACUCCCAUAAUCCCCAGCCCCAGUGACCUUUGGUUGGGGAUUAUGGGAGUAGAAGUCCAACAUCGAGAAUCCCCGUUCUGGCCCAUGGGUGAACUAAAUCUUGGCUGGGUAGCAUCUCCUGAAAAGCCAGCGCCCUUGGAUGAGAAUGCCCCUCUUGUCUAUCGAGGGGAACUCCAGUCCUGACCAUUGCACCCCUUUGGUCCCCGCUGCUCGCAAUUCAGAGGGGAGAUAAAGGACCCCUGGAGGAUCUCCUCUUACCCUUGGCAGUGUAAUUCAGCGGGUUCUGGGGAAAGUGGAAUUCUGAAGUUCAGAUUCCCCUCCCUGCUGGGUCUCUAGAUGUGCCACCACAUACAAAGUUGCUGGAUUCUGCUCUUGCUGGAUUAGCACAAGGUUGCACUGCUGUGGAUGCUAAAUGUAGCUUCCCCAACCUGCUCCCCUGGCAGGACGGCCAGGCUCUGUGAAUGUCGCAGCCCAGAAGUGGGCAAGGAGAAAGCUCAGCCGUGAGAUGAGAAGGGAGGGUCUGGCCCAAUCGGUGUUGGAUUCUUACUGAGACAAGAAUUGGGGGGGGGCAGAGGUGUCGCAGAGCCAGAGCACCACCCCAGGCAAAGGAAGAGUCCUGGCAGCCAUUGGCUGCAGACCACAGAGCCACCUGCCCGGAGCCCUGUAGGUUAGCACCACCCUGCCCUCUCACGGGAGCUGCUCUUUGAGAGAUCGUCUGUGUCUUCAGCAAAGUGGAGGAAACCGUCACAUGUUGUAUUCAGACUCCGAAUUCCUCCCCGCCCUGCCUCGAGGAGCUUGGUCUUCCCUUCUGCAAUGUUUUGAAGCGACCGUUGUGGUUUUCCUGUGACCUUGUUUGUUUUCAUCUGCCUCUCUGUGACUCGGUUCUGUCUCUUCCUCUUCUUUCCCUCCAUGUGUUUGUGUUAUGUAGGUCUUUGUGACCAAGUCAGAUUAAAAAGCUAUGGAUUCCUUGUG